AUGCCAACUGGGUGCAUUGUUUUUUACAUAGACAAUCUUUGGCAGCUAAAGAAAUGCCAGAUGACUUGCGUCUUGGCUGAAGCUAUCAAAGUUGUUAAUUACAUCAAGAGUCGCCCAUUGCAGAGUAGAAUACUUGAAGACUUGUGUGAAGAGGUAGGACUCCUGCACAAACAUUUGCUAUUCCACACCGAAGUGAGAUGGCUGUCCCGGAACAACGUGUUGAGUAGGCUGUUUUCAUUGAAAUCAGAACUGUUCCUUUUUUUAAUGGAUAGUAAACCCGAACUUUCUUGUUUCUUCAGCGAUGAAAAAUGGUUGAUAAAGUUUACUUAG